GCAAAAAGCCCGGUCGGACGCGCAGCUUCCAGUGUGGAGCAUCCUCGUCCUCUUGCUGGUUCUUGAACCCAUAGCAAUGGCGCUUUCUCUCUCCUCUCUCCCCAUCGUCCCCUCCAAACCCUUCCUCGGAUCCACCUCGGACUUCUCCCACUAUCUCCCCUCUCGCUCAUCCUCCCUUCUCUACAGCCCUUUCAACAAUAAUCCUUCUUCUUCUUCUCUCUACCUUCGCUUCCCUAAGAGGAAGAAGGCCAGGAGGAGGAAUCGGGGGACUCUGAUCGACGGAAACGCUGGUUGGUUCAGGAGCAUCAUCGUAUCGGCGUCGGCGGACUACUACUCCACGCUUGGGGUUCCGAGGUCUGCUAGCAAUAAGGAGAUCAAGACUGCUUACCGGAAGCUAGCUCGUCAGUAUCACCCUGACGUCAAUAAACAACCUGGAGCAACUGAAAAAUUCAAGGAGAUCAGUGCUGCGUAUGAGGUGCUGUCAGAUGAUAAAAAGAGGGCAUUAUAUGAUCAAUAUGGGGAAGCGGGAGUUGCUAGUGCAGUGGGGGGCUCUGGUGGAGCGUAUGCGACAAAUCCUUUUGACCUAUUUGAGACUUUCUUUGGGGCAAGUAUGGGUAAUUUCUCUGGCAUGGACCAAGGGACAUUUAGAACACGCAGGCGCAAUGCUGUUAUCAAGGGUGAAGAUAUACGAUAUGACAUGAUUUUGGGUUUCUCGGAGGCUAUCUUUGGAGCAGAAAAAGAAAUUGUGCUUUCUCAUUUGGAAACAUGUGAGGUCUGUUCUGGUACUGGAUCAAAGACAGGAGCUAAGAUGAAAAUAUGCUCAACCUGUGGUGGUCGAGGUCAAGUUAUGCGAACUGAGCAAACAGCUUUUGGUCUGUUUUCCCAGGUUUCCAUCUGUCCUACAUGUGGGGGUGAAGGUGAAAUAAUUUCAGAGUAUUGCCGGAAAUGUGCUGGGGAAGGACGUAUACGUGUCAAGAAAGAUAUUAAAGUAAAAAUUCCCCCUGGCGUUAGCAAAGGUAGUACGCUUCGUGUUCGGGGUGAAGGUGAUGCUGGACCUAGAGGGGGUCCUCCUGGAGAUCUUUUUGUAUGCCUUGAUGUUGAAGAGAUACCAGACAUCCAAAGAGAUGGAAUCAACUUGAUUUCAACCAUUUCAAUAAGCUAUCUUGAUGCUAUCUUAGGGUCUGUUGUUAAGGUGAAAACAGUUGAUGGGAUUGCUGAACUACAAAUUCCUUCUGGUACUCAGCCUGGUGAUGUGCUUGUUCUUGCGAAACGAGGUGUUCCAAAAUUGAACAAACCUUCUAUACGUGGUGAUCAUUUGUUUAAUAUCAAGGUCACUAUUCCAAAUCGUAUCAGUGGAAGAGAAAGGGAGUUACUUGAAGAACUUGCAUCUUUGAGUGGCGCAUCUAUCAGUCGAACAAGUAGUGGCCGCGUUGUCAAGCCUCCAGUUGAAAAGACCGAAAGUUUGGAAGAUGUUGAAUCAAAAGAUUCACAGCAAUCUGCUAAGCAGAAUGACCUUUUACAGAAGCUAAAAGACUUUGCUGGAUCACUUGCUAAUGGAGCAUUAAACUGGCUAAAGGACAAUCUUUAGGCUUUAGUUAAGGUCUUACUGGUAGAUUCUACUGCAUUUUUUGUCCAUGAUACAAGAGGGAGCACAAUUUACCGAUUGUUUUUCGAUACCCUUCCUUUGUUCUUUCUUUAUAAUGUCGGCCGGAACUAUAUAAGCAUUACAUUCUUCUUGCUCAUCAUUGCAUAUUCAAAAUUUAUAUAAAAUGUCAGAUGUUGUACUUUCUUUUA